GACCGAGCUGACAGCAGAAGUGCUGAACGCCCGAAACAAACACCCGAAACUAGACUGAGUCCCGCUUCCGCUCCUCACGGCGCACACAUAACUCCAGCUGUAGACACACAAGCGUGUGUGUGUUCGAUACACUCUCAUUUCACUCAGUCCAGUGUGCUGUAGAAGUAAACAGAGGUAUUACUGAUGAAGUCUGAUGCACAGGCCUCGGGCCGUACCAUUAUCUGCGGGUCGGGGGGGUGAUCUCAUUAAACCACACUGAUGAUCACUAGUGACGGUGUCACCGUGUCGCUCUCUUCACUGUAGUCGUGUAACACAGGUGUGCUGUGUAGCAGUGAGGGUCAGUCGGUUGUUGUUGGUAUUGUCGAUCGGACUCAUCCCCCCCUCCCCUCGUCGGUUUGGUCGGGUCUUGAAUCCGUGAUUACUGCUCGACUGCGGUUCCUGAGAUCAGCGAGAGAACCUGACAGCGUCGUGAGUCGGUCUCACGCGUUAAUUUUGCUCCGUAACGGCAGCCGGUUCGUUUAUUCAGUGAACGGUAUUGUCGUGUCAGCCGGAAUCACCGGACGAGAUCGAGAUCCUCUCUGUCGCGAGCAGACUCUGUUCUGUUUCGGUCGCUGGUGUCAGAUUCGACAUGAUCGCACGCGCUCGGCCUUCGUGACGUCACGCGGACUCGCUGUACAGAUGUGCGGUUCACGCGUCCGUUAGUUCGACGCUCCGCGGGGUUCGGUGUCAGUGUUCGGUCGCCCAGAGGCGGCAUGGACCUGAACUUUUACUCGGAUCUGUCGGACGGAACCGGGCCGCCCGGUGACCCGGAGCUCUUGGAUCCACAAGCGUUUAACGGAUUCGAGAAGUUCCCAGGAGGAAGUGACACAUACCUGGCCAUCGGCGGCGAGGCGCAUCACUUCCUGUCCUCCUCAGAGGUGCGGCUGUCGUCCUCGUUCCCCGCCGAGACGUUUCACACUCCCAGUCUGGGCGAUGAGGACCUGGAUCUGGACCCGGACUCGGCGCUGGGCGUCUCUGACGUGGUGUCUGACUUCGGAGAGCUGGGCGACGGCGGGCCGUCUGGGGUUCCUGGGAACGCUGUGGUGGGAGGAAACGAUCCGUCGUUCGCCUCGACCUUCGUCAGCACACCGUCACAGAGUCUGGAGCAGCUGAGUCUGAUGAGCCAACAGAGCGGAGGAGCCAUGCUGGAGUCUGCACUGGGGAUGGAUCUCGCUCAUCCUAUUGGCUCUCAGUUCAGCAGCUCUUCCCCAAUGACCAUCGACGUCCCUCUGAGUGACAUCAACCACGGCCUGCUGGGCCACACCCAGCUGACCACCAUCGACCAAUCAGAGCUCAGCGCUCAGCUGGGCCUCAGUCUGGGCGGCGGCACCAUCCUGCCCCGCCCACAGUCACCUGACCAGCCGCUGUCCGCUGAUUCGCUGUCUGACUCGCUGCACGACGACGACAUGGAUGACUUCAGACGGAAGAGUGUCCUGGUGGACUCCCCGGUGUCUCUGUCCGUGUCGCCUGCCGUCAUCUCCCUCUCGCCGUCUCUGUCGGAGCAGCCGGCCGUCCCGGCGUCCUCCUCUGCUCCCGGACGGAAGGGAGUCGGCGGGAAAAAGGGCAAGAAGAAGAAAGACCCGAACGAGCCACAGAAACCCGUGUCGGCUUACGCUCUCUUCUUCAGGGACACGCAGGCCGCCAUCAAGGGCCAGAACCCCAGCGCCACCUUCGGAGAGGUGUCCAAGAUCGUGGCCUCCAUGUGGGACAGUCUGGGAGAGGAGCAGAAACAGGUCUACAAGAGGAAGACCGAAGCUGCCAAGAAGGAGUAUCUGAAGGCCCUGGCAGCUUACAAAGCCAAUCAGCUGUCACAGCAGGCGACUAUAGAGGUGUUAGAUGCUCCUGUGUCUCCUGCCGCCGCUGUGGCUCCGCCUCCUGAGCCCGCUCCGACCGUCACCCCGCCGCGCUCCUCCCGCAUCCCGCUGCACGCGCCCGACAACAACACCAUCACCAACAUCUGCACCUCCAACAUCAUCCUGGACCUGCCGCAGGUGACCACGCGCUCACGCACAGGUGCGCACAAACCACAGGCCCCGCCCCCCGUCAACAAGAUCAUCAUUCCCAAGCAGCUGCUGCAGUCUCCGCGGCAACCCCCGCCGCUGCAGCAGAUGCAGGCCACGCCCCCUCCCCCGCGCCUGCAGCAGAUGGUGCACUCCCAGGCUCCGCCCCCUCUGCAGGCCAAACCGCGCGGAGCCGCCGCCGUGGGGCAGGUGGUUACCAUGGCGCCGCCGCCCCUGCAGAUCAAGAUCGUCCCGGCGCCCUCGCCGAUCGUCAUGACGACCGCGGCCUCACCUGUGGGGGAGGUGCCGCCGCCCGCUGCCAUAGUAACAGACCUGUCGCCAUCGGCAACCGAGGAGGUGGCUGAAGAAGGGAUGGAGGUGGAGCUGAACGUGUCUCCGGCUCCAGACGCUCGUCCUUCAGACGCUCCGAGUGUGUGUGUCCGCGCCGGCUGCAACAACCCACCGAUCGAGAGCAAGGACUGGGACCGAGAGUACUGCAGCAACGAGUGUGUGGCCACUCACUGCAGGGAUGUGUUCAUGGCCUGGUGUGCCAUCAGAGGACAGAACUCAGCCACCGUCACAUAGACACACACAGAGACGGACAGACGUGUGUGUGUGUGUAGCAUGGAGCUCUGGCUGAGUAAGAACAGCAGAAAACCCAUCGAACACUCGACGUCAAACCGUUAACUGCAUCUUCUCAUGUACAGACUCAUUCAGAGGAAAGCAGCGGAAAUCUUUAAUAAUAAUAAUCAAGAAAGUGUAUUCAGGAUGAAAAAGUGAGUAUUUAAACAGAUUCCAGUCAUGUGACUGUAUAUGACUGUGGUAUUUGGUGCAGGAUGGAGGCCAUUUUUACCAGGUGUGUGUGUGUUCUCGUGUGAAAACACAGUCCAGAAACUAUGUAAACACACACUGAGUUUGUGUCCUUGAGCACGAGUGUGUGUGUGUGUGUGUGUGUGAGAUUGAGCACUAAAUGGAUACUUAAGCUAAUAAUGGACAGACUGUUUUAAACCACGACGUCACUUGUGUGAAUGUUUUGGCGCUUGCUUGAUUUAAUUUUGAACAAGGGCAAAAGUGACCAUGAUACCUUCAGUUCACGCCCAAAAUCCCAUCGUUUCUGCUACAACAGAACUGGUAACGAACCACUAUAAACUCAGAAUAGAUGUUCAGCAAAGCGCCAUAUUUAAGAGGAAGUGGGAAAUUGGUUGUGACUUUCUGAUAGUAAGCAAUCACAGAUUCCAUUGACAGGAAUGCAUUCGGCAGAGGCUUUUAUCCAGUGUGUGUCCUGCAGUGCACUCGAGCUGUACAUUUAAUUGAUUCAAGCGUUCCCUGGGAAUCGAACCCGUGAGCUUUAUGUUGCUAACGCCGUAAUCGGGAAACUGGUUACUAGGGUACAUUUUUGUAAAGGAGUGUUUUAAUAUCUUUCACCUUCUCAGAACUAACUGUGACGCGGUGGAUUAAAGCGAAUAGAUUUUAUAUUGGGCAAAUGUACAUUAUACAUUUAACUGCUCAUGAAAAUAUGAUCUUUUUUUUCUUCAUUUUUGAUUCUUCUUCAUUUCUCUGACUUUGUGGACUGUAUCAUCAUCUCAGUUUUCUUACUGUCUUGAGGAGUUUGUGAGUUGAAUAAACAAUCAAAUGGGGAAAAAAAUCUAACAAA